GUCAACACCAGGUAAAUAGGACCUCUAAUAUGACCUACCCUGCUGAGACUAGUUAACAGGCUAGACUGGGAAAUAAUAUGCCAACUCAUUUCUUCUCUCUUAUCAGAAGAGAUCAGUUCCCAAAGUGACAUAGAUAUUGUUGGUAUAGGUGAUACCUUUAACCAUGACAUCACUUUAAACCCCUGGGCAACACUUACGCCCUUGGGAGUGUAUUGCUGCUAAAGGAAACCACUUGAGCUGGAAGUCUGAGACUUUCUCUACAUUGCAAUUCCUUCCGCUCAAGGGAGCAAAGCUGAUGGGUUCAAUCAAGAAUCCCUUAUUUUUACCAGCUUUCAGUCAGGAGCACUGAAGUGACUUUUUUCCUUAUCCUUGUUUGUUCCUCCCCCUUCCUUUCACUUGACACCUGUCCCUACCUUUGGAAGAUGAGAUAAGCAGAGAACUCUGUCCCUGUAAGAGACGAGGAGCAGAAUAUGCCUACACAAAGAGGGCCAGAGCAAGAAUCAAACCUCUCCUGGGCAGGCUGGUGUGGGAGAGCUCCUUUGCUGCAAGUUGCAUUCUGGAGUGCCGUCAGUGGGCUUUUGCCACUGUAGUGAGUAUAAUUGGAAGCAGGUUUAUCUUCUUGUUUUUUCUUUUUUUUUCUUUUUUUUUUUUUGGAGUCACCAUGCUGCAGCAAAUUUUGCAUGAUAUGUAUAUUGACCCUGAACUCCUGGCAGAGCUGAAUGAAGAGCAAAAGCAGAUCUUGUUCUACAAAAUGAGAGAAGAGCAGCUGAGGCGCUGGAAGGAGAGGGAAGAAAAAGCACGAAUGGAGGAGGCCGUGCUGAGAAAGACAGCGAGGCGCAAACAGAGUAAUGGCAAACAUGUGCAGUGGCUACGUGGGAAGGACGGUGAGGUCUGGGUCUGGGUUAUGGGAGAAGCCCCAGGUGACAAGCCAUAUGAACAGAUAUCAGAGGAGCUAAUAGCAGAGCGAGCCAGGCAACAAGCACAGAAGGAGGCAGAAGAACUAUGGAGACAAAAGGAGGCUGAAAUUACAAAGAAAUUCCGGGAUGCUAUGGCUCAAGAAAAAGCCAGAAUAGUGGCAGAAAAAUGGAAAAUAGAAAUAGAAGAUCGGAAAGCUGCCAAAUUGGAGGAGGAAAAAAUUCAGGAGGAACUGAAGAAAAGAGAAGAAGAGGAAAGACAAAAGGGCGAAGAACAAAUAAGGCAGCAGGAAGAAAUCCGAGCAAAAGAGUUGUAUCUGAGCCUCAAGCAAGCUCAGCAGCAUAGUCAACACAGUGACGAUGACCAGGAGUGGGAAGAACAGUUGCGCCGCUCCAAAGCUGCAGAUGAGGAAAGGAGCCACAAAGCACGCAGGGCCCGGGAUGAAUACCGACGACAAUCCUUGCGUGCCAUCCAGAAGGGAAGAGUGGCUGGCCUGAGUAAUUUGUUCCAGGGGACAAGCCUGAAUAACGAUCAGGAGAUAAAACUGAACAACAAUAGUGCAAGUCCUUUGCUGACUCUCUCUGCAGCAUCCAGUAACAUCUGGGACCGUCCUUCUAGACCCUUUUCCCAAGAUGUCAUCAUUCGCUGGUUCAAAGAAGAGCAGAUCCCUCGACGUGCUGGGUUUGAGAGGAACACGAACAGGAUUGCUCAAUGGUUUCAUGGUAUUAUCAGCCGCCAGGAGGCAGAAGAGUUGUUGAUGAAUAAAUCUGAAGGAACCUUCCUGGUGCGAGUCAGUGAGAAAAUCUGGGGCUAUGCAUUGUCUUAUCGCCAGCAAAGUGGGUUCAAACACUUCCUGGUUGAUGCUUCGGGGGAUUUCUACAGCUUCUUGGGGGUAGAUCCAAACCGACAUGCAACACUGACAGAUCUUAUUGAUUUUCACAAGGAAGAAAUCAUCACAUCCUCAGGUGGGGAGCUACUACUGGAGCCAUGUGGACAGCAGAAGAAUCCACCAGACUACAGCCCUUUAUUUGAAUAACUGACCCAGGACUAACAGGAAUGCAUUCUGGAUAGCUGUAGUAAUAGAUAGCUACAAAAGUAAACAUUGAAGAGUAGUUAACAAACUUCCAAAGCCACUGGUCUUGUGGCCAAAAAGUAUUCUCAUUAGAAGGACCAAAAUAUUUCUGUUUUGCAUCUGAAUUAGCAUCAUUAUUCAUACUGUUAGCAUAUUAAAGGUGAGAAACUACUGGCAAAUUACAAAUGAGGACUAUUCCCAGGAAUUUUUCAAGGGAUUGUGGCCAAUUGCACUGAACACUAAGUUCCUCACUUUAUUUUCUUAAUGUCUGAGAUUGAAAAUGCAAAAAGCCUCAAGAAGUAUGGGCAGGAACUAUUCAUAGAUUAUUGUACAAAGUACUAAUAUUGGUGAAGAUAUUCUUUUUUCCAAAGCAAGGUUUGUCAGUUUCUGUUGACGAUCUCAUUACUCAGUGGUGCACUUUUGAUAACCAGAGGAGCAGUCUUAAAACAUCCUUUUGCAGUUUGUGAUUGCUGAAAUGGUUAGGUGUAGCUGGAAACUUGCCAUUGUGCUUUGGAAUUCAGGCCUACAAAGUUCACCACAGCAGAGACAGAAUGAGGUCAUUCAUAUUUUAUUUACAAUUUCAUGCAGUCCCACAGCCUUGGAAAGAAUUUUACUCCUGUACAGAAAGUGGUCAGUUUAUUCUAAACUAGUUAUUCUAAUGAAAGCACUUUGAUUUGCAAUAACAACAACUCUCACUGGCCUUGUCAUGUUUUCUGCUUUCUGAUGUGCAAGAUACAUGCUGGAGAUUUCUAGCUUUACUUUGCUAUAGGACCAGGUAUUUUCCUUAGCUGAGCUAUGGGUGAAGGUGGGGUUGGUAUAUUUAUCCACAGAAAAGAUACAACUAAUUACAUGAUCAUCAUGCUAUUUCAUGUUUAAAAAAAGAUGCACACAAUGUGUUCUUGAUCCAUUUGUUAUAUAUAACAUGAAAAUAGACCUGUAGCCUAGAUCUGUGGAGCAGUUGCUUAGUGUUUGGACUAUAAAAAAAAAAAAUCUCAUCACAGUAGUUAAUUUGCCCUCCUGAAAUUUGUGUCUUAGCAGUCCUUGCGCUCUGGGCUGUCACAAGGUAUAGAUGUAGUCUUGUGUUGUUUCACUGGUAAGCUGGAUACUACUGAGGCAGCCAGUUCAGGAAAUGGAGUGAAAUGAGUUGGAGAACUGUUACUAUUACCUUCCUGUGCUCCUUGCUCUAUUCCCGUGAAUGGCCAGAUAGAAACUGCUGGGUAUAGAAGUGUUCUUUUCAGCUCCAAACAUUCAUUCUGCAGGGCAAUAUUUCAAAUAACCAGGUUGUGACAGUUUUAUAUGCAAGUGAUUUUUUUCAAGAGUGAAGUGGGACAUGAGGGAAGUAGCUGCGUACCUGUUGGUUAGCCUGAUAGUCAUGCCUUUAAUAGCCAGUUUCUCAGUACUUUUUCUUAUGUGAUAUGUAUUUUGAGAUGUAAAGUGGACUGAUCUGUAUGUGUUACUGUACCUCCAUGGUGAAUUUUUUCCUGGAAAUCUCUGAACACAUAGGGAAGGCACACUGAGUAUAUUUCUAUAUGCUACUGCUUUGAGCAGUCUCUGAAUUCCUAUGUGAUUCUCUUCCAAAUCCCAGUGUAGACUUCCCUCCCAACCCCCAUGUAAAUCCAGCUCUCCUCAAAUAGUCAUGUCUCUUGACUCACUGUUACCUUCUGUACUUUGUCUGACCUAGAUGGUAAGCUCAUCUAGGAAAGAAACUUGUCUUGUCCAAGCUUAUAAAGCACACUAUAUAUUUAAGGUGCUACAAUAAUAAUAAAUACCUGUGGUAAUAAUAGCAACAAUUUUUUCAUAAUUAAUUCUACAGUUAGCCCAUAUUAAAGUACAGAUUUUUGCAUACAAACUUCAUUGUUGUUCAGGAAAAUUUUCUUUUGUUAACAUUGCUUUUUGUGUGAUUUAAUCCAUCAAUGUUUGUGACCCUUGAAAAGAAAGUUCUAAUGAACUUUCCACAGAGACUUAGCUGGACAGUUUCUGUAUUAAUCACUUGGGACACUGGGUCAGGAGAUUUUAAAUAGUUACUGUUAGCACCUCAUAACAAAGCAAAUCAGGACACAGCAAAUAAGCAAUGCUUACUAGCUGGAGCAGCUGUUCUUAGUGCACAGUGGUCAGAUAAGAUGACAGCUGGGCUUUUCACAGCAAGUAGGCUUACAAAGGUAGGACAUCUUUAGCUAUGUGUCUGAUACCCUGGGAAACAAAGUGGCUUGGCAGCUAGAUAAAGGGUCAAGAUACACAAGUGGUCUUGGAAUUUUGUUGAAGUGUGGUCCUUUGCAGGUCACCAGGGGCUGGAUUCUCAAAAUGAAAUACAGCUCUGCAAUUCUGAACAUAGUAACACUUAUGUAGGCCUGUAGUAGGAUCUGUAGUCUCCAUUAAAUGAGAAGCCUGGUAUGUGUGAUCCGGGAUCAGAAUACGCCUGGUACAGGUAUAUACAGACAUUGAAUCCAGCUACCAGAAUGUGGAGCUCAG